GAGGACGCUGAGACGCGCCGUUGCCAUAGCAGCCGGGUCCCGGCUGCGUAGGUAGCAGGUGCCGGGGUCUCCCUCGCCUCCUGGUCAGAGCUGAGAGAGAGGAGGAGAGGAGAGCACCCCGGGCCAUCUCUGUGACCUCAGCCGCUGCACCUCACAGGCAGGAGAGGCUGUAAGGGACCGAGGGAAGGACGGUGCGGACUUGUUUAUGGGGGAGCGAGUGAACCGGGGGAGCUGCCAGGACAGCAUUAUUCCCUAACACACAGAAAAUGGAUGAAAAUAAAGAUACUGAUUCCAAAGAAACUGGAGAAUAUGAAGAUGACUUUGAAAAGGACCUGGAGUGGUUAAUUGAUGAAAAAGAACAAAGUGAUGUCAACAUAAUAGAGAUGGCUUGUGGGAAUGAAGAGAGCAUUGGCACAGAGUUAAGGGAGAAUGAAACGGAAGCCGAACACAUGGGGCAGCUUCCUGAUCCUGACACACCCUGGAGGGAAGGGGCUUCACCCAGAAAACACGACUUCAUUUCCGUACCGAGCAGUCAGUCUCUGGAACCCAUGUCAGAUUCAGACAGUGAAAACUCCUUCCAGGAAUCCAAACUGGAAAGCCAGAAAGACGUGGAGGAGGACGAGGAUGAGGAGGUGAGGAGAUACAUUAUGGAGAAAAUUAUACAAGCCAACAAGAUUCUACAGAAUCAGGAACCAGUGAAUGACAAGAGGGAGCGGAGACUGAAGUUCAAGGACAAGUUGGUGGAUCUCGAGGUUCCUCCGCUGGAAGACACUGACGACUGCACACGUUUUGAAAACGAGAGUAAUGUGUCUGGGAAGCUGUCGCAGUUGCAUAUUUCCAAUGAACUUGGGCAGGAAGGUGUGCUCCUGUCGCCCCCUGGCGGGAGCUGUGAGGAGAACAGGGACAGGAAGGUACUGGUGGAGAGAGAUGGGAAGUUUGAACUUAUGAAUCUGCAGGACAUUGAGAGUCAGGGGUUCUUGCCCCCCAUUAGCAAUGUCAACAGUUCAGAAAAUGACGCUCAGCAGUCAUCAGCCAGGUCCUCCAGCUCAGCUGUCAGUGGUGUCAAGAAGGAGGAGCCUGCAGCAAAGAUCCAGGGCUCAUCCACAGAGGAGCCCCCGGCUUUCCCUGCUCCGCCGCCGCCCAACGCCAAGGCUCGGCCCAGCUCCGCUGCCAACUCAGAGCCCAGUAAGGGGAACGGGAAGUCUAAUCACAGGAUACAGUCUGCCAAUGUGUGUCCAGGGACCUCCACGUAUUGUCUUUCUCCGCGACAGAAGGAACUGCAAAAGCGGCUGGAACAGAGGAGAGAGAAGCUGAAGAGGGAGGAAGAACUACGGAAAAUAGAAGAAGAGAAAGAAAAGAAAAAGGAGAACGAAAUAGUAUUUAAAGCAUGGUUGCAAAAGAAAAGAGAGCAGGUUGUAGAAAUGAGGAGAAUUCAGCGAGCAAAGGAAAUUGAAGACCUGAGCAACAGACAGGAAAACAGAGACCCACAACAAGCUUUUCGAUUAUGGCUUAAAAAGAAGCACGAAGAGCAGCUGAAAGAAAAAAAGACAGAAGAACUACGAAAGCAGGAGGAAUGCUUGUUUUUUCUCCAGGGGACAGAAGGCCGUGAACGGGCCUUUAAACAGUGGCUACGAAGGAAGCGGGUGGAAAAACUAGUGGAGCAACAAGCUGUCAAGGAAAGGACUAGACAGUUCCGACUGGAAGCAAAGCGUUCCAAACAGUUUCAGCCAUAUAUGUCCGAAGCCAAAUCCUUCCGUUUUACUGACCAUUACAACUGAAGUGCAAAUCUAUGAAGGCAGACACCUUAAGUCAGCAUGAUGGUGCGAUAGAACGAACACCAGAUGCCGAGUCAAAAUAACUCCAGUCCCUCCUGCCACAGACUGUGUGACCUGGGGCAAAUCCCUGACCUUUCCCCUCCUCCCCGCUCAGGGCUUUCAGAGUAAUGCAAACACCAGCGUGUCUUCAAAUCACCGCUUUCCCUGUGGACGAGAGUGCUGGGAGCUCCUCAGGCUCGCCUGCCUCCUAGCCUUUGUCUCCUCAGCUUCCGGAAAUGUGCUUGGCACAGAAAAGGUGAAUUGGUGCUUCCUGAAGUUCACUGAUGUUAACACACACCCUAGAGGAUUUCAUGCUAACAGCCAGUAACUAUCAUCCUAAAACUGCUUAAUUUUUGUCCCCUCCCCACCAAAUCAUGAGUGAAAGACUCAGCUACAGUCCGAGACACAGAUGAUCCCCAGGCCUCUAUGUGAUCUACUCCGCUGGCUCAAACAUGCCUUUGCCCUAUCAUCCUAAAUGUCAUGGUUUAAAAACAAUUAUCAUCGAAAGAAGACUUACCUUUAGU